UCCUUCCCUCCCUCCUUCCUUCGCCUUCUCUCUCCCUCUCUAGUUCUUAGCAAAAAGUUUUCUCUCACUGUUUUCCCGAGAAACAAAAAGAGACCUUGUCUCUCUGAGUCAUCACCUUGUCUAGAUCUGUGACUGAAAGAGAGCGCACCGAGAGACGGCGGCGGCGGCGGCGGCGGCGGCGGCGGCGGCGGGCGCCGGUUUAUUACUCCAACUAAUUACCCAUUUCCAGCUGGAAGAAACAUUCACCAAUGACACGAUGUGCUGCAGUUUGGGGCGGCUAAAGCCCGAGGAGUCUCCAUCUUUGUCAUCAUCACCAGCUCCAUCACCAUCUUCAAUUACUCUUGAGGAAAGCAGUAGAGCCACCACCAUGAAUAAUCAUCAAAAUCAGCUGACGAUUUCGACUGAUGAUGCCCUAGCCAGCUUGCUCGAGCUAGCAGCCAACGAUGACGUUGAGAGCUUCAAGCUCUCGAUCGAGCUAGACCCUUGUUGCGUGGACGAGAUAGGACUAUGGUACUGUCGUCGAAAGGGGUCCAAACAGAUGGUCAACGAGCAGAGGACACCUCUGAUGGUUGCAGCAACUUACGCCAGUGUUGGUGUGAUGAAGCUGAUUCUCGCCUUCUCUCAGGCUGACAUCAACCAAGCCUGUGGCGUCGACAACACCACCGCGCUUCACUGUGCUGCUUCUGGUGGCGCAGCAAAUGCUGUUGAUGCUGUCAAGCUCUUGUUAUCAGCUGGUGCUGAUCCUAAAGUGGUAGAUGGCAAUGGUCUGUGUCCGGUUGAUAUCAUCGUUGUCCCGCCAAGGCUGCGAGAGAUGAAGUUGACCCUUGAACAGCUGCUUUGCCCCGAUCAAGGUUCUGUGACCGAGCGGAGUAAUCUGAGGGUUUUCAUUGCCAACAGCACUCACAGUAACGACUCUCCACCUCUCUCCCCGUCCAUGGAGAAUAAUGGUGCAGAUUCUCCCAUGAAGUAUGCAAAGAUGGACCCGCUGCCUACUCUAUUCGAGAAGAAGGAAUAUCCGAUCGAUCCAUCGUUACCAGACAUAAAGAACAGUGUGUAUUCUACUGACGACUUCAGGAUGUAUUCGUUCAAGGUCCGACCAUGCUCUCGUGCCUACUCUCACGAUUGGACAGAGUGCCCCUUCGUCCACCCGGGGGAGAAUGCUCGUAGGAGGGACCCCAGAAAGUAUCACUACAGCUGUGUUCCAUGUCCCGAUUUCAGGAAAGGUGCAUGCAGACGUGGAGAUAUGUGUGAGUAUGCCCAUGGUGUGUUUGAAUGCUGGCUUCACCCUGCUCAGUAUCGCACCAGGCUGUGCAAAGAUGGCACCAGUUGUGCCAGGAGAGUCUGCUUCUUUGCUCAUACUGUGGAAGAACUUCGUCCUUUGUAUGUCACGACUGGCUCAGCUGUCCCUUCACCUCGCUCCAGCGCCACUUCCGGGAUGGAUUUUGCUGCUGCGAUGAGCAUGCUGCCACCUGGCUCCCCUUCGUCGCCGUUCACUCCACCUAUGUCUCCCUCUGGUAAUAACGGCAUGUCAAAUGCUUGGGGACCACAACAGCAACAAGGGAAUGGAGUUCCGGCAUUGCAUCUGCCAGGAGGAAGUAGUAAUCUCCAGUCAAGUCGGUUGAGAUCUUCCCUUCACGCGAGGGAUAUCCCCAUUGGAGGGGACUACAACGGCUUGCUGCCGGAUUUCGAUAUGCAGAUCUUCGACGAGCUAUCUGCUCUCACUAACAACAACAAUAACAACUCAUUGAACCGCUCUGGUCGUAUGAAGAUCCUGACGCCGUCAAACCUUGACGACCUCUUCUCUGCCGAGACCUCGUCGUACUCUCCUCGCUAUGCCGAUCAAGGAAUGGUCUUCUCCCCGACCCACAAGUCAUCGGUUAUGAAUCAUCAGUUCCAGCAGCAGCAGAGCAUGUUGUCUCCCAUCAACACCAGCUUCUCCCCAAGGAGCGUGGUUGAUCACCCCGCUGCGCUGUUGCAGAUGUCGUCGCCACGCAAUGUAGUGGAGCCCAUUUCGCCAAUGAGCGCUCGGAUUUCGUUGCUGGCUCAGCGGGAGAAGCAGCAGCUGAGAAGUCUGAGCUCGAGGGAGCUGGGGUCGAACAUUCCAUCUGCCCUCAUCGGUGGUGGGGGGUCACCGGUGCAUUUGUCGAGAUGGGGCUCGUCGGGUGGGAGACCGGACUGGACUGCCAGCACCAACGAGCUUGGGAAGCUUCGGAGGUCAAACUCGUUCGAGCUCGGGAAUGGGGACGAGCCGGACUUAUCGUGGGUUCAGUCCCUGGUCAAGGAGUCUCCAGCUGAAAUGAAAGAGAAGAUGAUGCCAAUGCAGCAAGUUAGUGGUAGCUUUCCUUCUUCAGGUGAGAGUAUCUCAAUGAAUGUGAACUCGCAGAUUGAUUCGAUUGAUAAGGCCAUGGGAGCGUGGAUUGAGCAGCUCCAGAUAGAUCAGCUUGUGGCUCAGCAGAACUAACAGAUGAUCUAGCCACAGUUUUUGAAGGUGUAACGUAACGAGUUGAUGGAAGUGUGAGAGAGAGGUGACUGUUUUUUGGCUUCUAGGGGUCAUGUUCUUCCUUUUGCCACACAUCAAUUCAAUGUGUGUUACCCUAACCUGAAACAUUUGUUGUAUUAUGUAAUUGUAUGGUGUAAUGGGUAUUACCCUCACACUUUCUAUUAAUGUUAUGCAAAAAAAAAAUGUUACUAUUGGAUUGAUGGA